AUGUGAUAAUGUGUUGUUAUAUUGCUAGUAAUUUAUAGUAUUAGUGUUUCCAUUACUGCUUCGUUUAUUUUGUUAUAAUGAUAUGUGAUGAUAUAUGUACAUAGUUUCUAAAACAUCAAAGAAUAAACAGAAGAUGUUAAAUUUAAUUACCAUUAACUUUACCUGCUACAAUUAUUAUAUCGAUACAAGACCUUUUUUUAUAAAUAUAUAGCGAUAAAAAUAAGAAAGUAGUAACUUUUUGCUUCAUCUUUGUAAAAUUGGUACGUCAAAUAUGGCUUCGUGAAAUGCCAAACAUGACUUAAUAAAAACGAAGAAGCAGAAUAAGCAAGUUGUUGUUGAUUCAAUAAUAUACAUUGUCAUACAUGAUUUUGCAUUGUACUGUGCGCUCUUUCGUAGCAUACAUUUACUUGUAUCCGCUGUGCUUUUGAUAAUAAAUCAUUAAGUAACCAUGGACGAAGUUCAAGAUCUUUUCCACAUCUGUAAUUAUAAAAAUUUAGGAAGUAUUCACUUUCAAAAAUUUAUAUACAAUAAAUUGCUGCCGUAUGUAGAAGAUUUAGAAACAGAAUCAGAAACUUUAUUAGCCGAGAUUAAAGCAAAUUUAGGACGAGCUGUUAUGUGUCAUGAAGUAUGGCCAGGUUGUUACGUAUGGGUUAAUAAGUUAUGGCAUUACAUAAAGUUAUAUGGAUUAAAAUUUAGUAAAGAAGAUCACAUCUUGUUCAUAAAAUUACUGUUUGAACUGGUUACAGUACCAGAAAUACCAUCAGUUUCUACUUUAAAAUGUCUUAAUACAUUAAUUUUAUUAUUAGUGAGAAAGAAAUUAAUAUCUCCCAGUGAAUUAGAACUUCCAUGGCAACCACUUUAUAAAUAAGUCUUCACAUGAUGGAAACAGGAGGAAAGUCGUCCAGAACUGUAUUGCUUUAGCUCUUUCAUAAAGUAUGCAAUAAUAGCUCUUAUAGACUGUGCAAAGGUUUAUUUUCCCUGUAAUUAACGUGCAACACAGGAAAUAUUAGAUGAGUUAAGGCCAACUCUAUGCACCCUUGAUGUUUCAACAAUGUCUAAAAGUUUGCAAAUAUUACAAUGGUUUUUACCAGUACAAUUACCACCUAAAUACCAUUCAAUGGGAUAUCAGUGGUUUGAUGAAUUCAUGACAUUAUGGGAAGUUUAUCAUACUAUCCCAGAAUGGGAAACUAGAAUAAUAGAUUUAAAUGGCAUCAUUAGCUAGUUGUAACAUUGGAUAUAUUCGUGGGAGCCAUAUAGUCCAUGAUGUUUCACCAGAUUGAUGCAAAGGCUUAAAAUUUCCCAGGUAUCGUAUAAUAAAUUACAGAAAUAUCAAUAAUUACUGAAAUAGAUGUCAACUUCUAUAGCAAAAUGGAUAGAUAGCAGUUUUGGUAAAGAUUUAUAAUGAAUGAAAAAGGGAAUAAUUUCAAGUGCUCAAACGUAUCUCGAAAAAGUUCUUAAACUAUAGAAAACAUAUUUUCAUCCUGCAAAUAAUGGUUGUUGGUUAGGAACAUUAAAGAAAUUCUUUUUAAAACUUUCAUUUUAUUUUAUUACACGUUUAAACAGAGAGCGAGUACGCAAAACUAACGUGGGGAAAGCACCUGUUCCUGAAAAUACAAAUUAAUUGAACAGUGAUAUUGAUGCAUUGUCAAAAGUAUAUUGCCAGUAACAAUGACAGCUAAUGUUUAAUAAGUUAAGUAUUAACGAGGCUUUGUCAAAGCGUUGCAAAUACCUUGCUAGUAUGAGGCCCGGUUUGGUUAUUCCACAUGUUCUGGAUAGAAUAUCUUCUACACUAGACUCCCCUACAACAGAAUCAUAUAAGAUGAUUGCUAACAUUGAUUUUAUGAAGCUAUAGCUAAGACCAAUGGCAGAAGGCUCUCAAAAUGUAAACAAAGGUAUUUAUACGUACUUAGAAGGACCAACACACAUAUUGCCAUUGCUUUCUUUAUUAUUACAUAACAUUGAUCCAAAUGAUCAAAAGUGUUUUCUUACUUUUCGUCUUAUUUUAGUUUAUGUCUUUAUACCUAUUGUGGAUUCCUCUAAGGCGACCACCAUAACAGACGAAGAAGAAACACUCAGUUAUGUAGCCUCUGGAUUUGAAUAUUUAUUUUGCAGUUUCUUGACAAAUAUUCUCUUUUUAGACUACAGUUCUUUAGAAUCAGUUAGACUGGAAAAUUCUGGUAGUAAAAAAAGAAUUAGAGAAGUCACAGAAAAUGUACUUUACGAUGUGUGCGUGGUUUUAUUAAUGCAGAAGGAUACAAUAUUUGAACGUUCUUUAUAUAAAUUACGUGAAUUUAUCACUGAGCGUAUACUUGAAAUUAACGUUGCUGGACGCUGGCUGGUGGCUUAUGUCGAUUAUUCGCUCGGAGUUAAUGGCAAAGAAACCUUGCGCGUAUUGUUACCUGUACUUCAGAAACAUUUUAAGUAUCACAGAGAAAAUAAAGAUAUUGUUACAGAAGACAAUUUGGACGAACGUCUUUUACACGCAAUGUUGCUGUUAUCUGCAACUGUUAAUACACAGGAACAAUUUACUACAUAUAUAGAUAUGACGGCCGUUCUUGAUCAUGUACUAAUUUUAAAAUCAAAGGACGGAAGAGAUUUAGCUUGUAUGUUGUUAAAUACUAUUCUUCGCUCAUUAUCUACCAUGACGCCGUAUCAGUUCAAAUCUACCGAUAGAAUUCGAUACUGGGGACAAAUUUUGGACAUUAAUAGUUUAAGUGUUAAGUGGUAUGUUCCUGGCAAAGAGAAUGACUGUAAUAAUCGAAUAUUCUUAAAAUAUUUAUUGCCUGAAGUAAAUAAAUUAGAGGAAUACUGUAAUGAUUGCAGUAAAUUAACAAGAGAAGAAUUACUGAUCAGUUUAAAUAUCGUGUGCAACAUUAUCCAAGGCUGUGAUUCUGUUUUACCUGUAUGGAAAGAAGAACCAUUGAGUUUGGUAAAGGCAUCUUCAAAGUGGCGACCUUUUAUACCAACGCUUGGCAUAAAGGAAGUAUUAAUGCCAGAUAAUAGUAAUGUAAAACGUUAUAUUGCAACGCUCAUGAGUAAAUUACAAAGUGUAAUACUUAAGAAUCCAGAGGGUAUUACGAAAUGUUUACGUAUUUGGGCUAGCCUGUUAUUUGGAACAGGGUCUUUGUUUAAUAUGACUAGGUCAAGUACAAAGAUCUCAAAAGUAAUGUAGAGUAAUGGAGGAUAAGUAGUAAAAAGAAAGGGAGUGAUAGGGGCUUGUGUAUUGUUGCGUGCAGAAACUCAGCAUGUAACACGUUCAUAUCUACAAAUUGUUAAUUUAACAGAAACUCAUAAGCAAAUAAUGUUACAACUUUUUACACUGGCCACUAGUAGGUACGCUAGUGUACAAUGGCAAGCUCAAUACAUUCUUUCUCGUGCUUAAUAUUUCUCAUUUUCCUGGAAAAUUGUUACUCCAAAAUUGCUGAUAUAUGAGGAAGAGGAUCCGAAACAGAUCAGGAUGCGUAUAAGGGUGUUUUAACACAUUUUACUUAUUUCACAAGAAACCCCUAUCUUAAUGAAACACGAUUGGAAUACAUUGAGAGCCUUCUGGUCGGCACUGGUUCUUUCUAAACCAUCCGAAGAAUUAUCUAUAAUACGCUUAAAGAAAGACUUAGUAACAUUUAUAAACAAUCAGUUUUCAACGAUUGCUAUUACAUAUGAAAUGCCGAAUACAUGUUUACAAAUUGCGCCUGAUUUAUGGAAAACUUAUCCACGACCUAACUUAUCUCAACCUACCGAGGAUGAAAUCAUCGAAGGUUUAAAAAUAAUGCAAACGUUCAACGAAUCUAAUUUGGCGUCUUACAAAGGUUUAGUAACGGAUCUGUUAAGUGCUCUUGUGGAAACAAAUUUGCACUGGAGACAUCGUUUAAUGGCCAUUAAGUUUAUUCGACAUUUGGUACAUCCAGCACAAAUAUAUCCACCAGAUGUAGUUCGUUACUUUGGGACAUUAAUACACGAUUCGUUAAGCGAAAGAAAUAUUGCUUUUCGAGUAGUUACAUGCAUGUUGCAACAACAAAAAAGAGAACAUCCAAAGAUAACUAUUGAUCUACCAGUGUCGUCGAAAAAGGAUUGAAUCACAAAAAAUCAAUCUAAGAAGUUUAUAUUAGGACAAAGACAAGAUAAUGUUUGGCUUCAGUAUAAUUGAACUCGUCCUUUAACUACAGAACAAUGGGAUGAACCUAGAUUUAUUCCAGCUUAUAUUGGGUAUUAUACCUGGCCAAAAGAAAUACAAGUUUAUGCACCAUCGAAUAAACAACCAUCGCUUAGAUCCAGAUUACGCAUUAAGGAUCACGAGAAAGAAAUCAAUUUCUUUUUUAACGAUCCAGAAAAUAUUAAAAAACUCAUCAAAUUCUACAGCCUUGAAACGAAAAAAGACAAAGACAAAUUAAUGUUCAAGUACCUUCUUUGCAAAGGUCUUUUUCGUAAUCAUGGAAUAGUGUUUUUAAAAACACUUCUACCACAUUUACAAGAAUUAGUGGUAGAUAAGCAAGAAGUAAGUCAGAUGUGCAGCGAAAUUAUCGCUGGAAUUAUUAAAAGGUUCAAAACUUGGCCGUUUAGUAUGGUUUGUGAAAUGUGGGAUUCUCUGUUACCAAUAAUAAGGCAUGCUUUAAUUAAUUUGACUCCGGAAACUAUUAUGGAUUGGGUUUUAUGCUUUUCGAAAGCCCAGCAAUGUAGAGAUCCGAACAGACAACAUUGGUUAUUGGAAUGUUUGAUGGAAGAAGCUUGUUUCGGCCAAUCGGAGUCGUCUUUCAUCGAAUGUGGACGUCUCUAUACUUUACAAGCAGUUCUUAUCAAACAGCCGUGGCGUGUUUGGAAUUAUUACAUCGAUUAUUAAAGCACAAUAGAAGAUAGAUUAUUAGCAAAUCCGUUUGAAAAUGUGAGAGAAAGACUAAGUUCUGUUCUAGUAACAGUAUUUAGUGCAAGGUUGAGGUCUUUUAAUGCUUCAAGUAAUCAAUUACCACAAAAUACAAGAUUCUUAGAUAAAAUAAUUCCAAAAUUACAACUUCUUCUUAACGAUGAUGUAAUGAAAUCAAAUAAGGAAGUAGACUUAUCUGUACAAAUAGCUACCGUUAAAUUGAACGAAUUCGAACAAGUCAAAAAUAAGUGAGAAGAGAAGCAAAGAACAAUUCGAUUACUUAAAACAGUUUGUAAUUGGAUUACAAAUAUGGAUUUUUUUCGCGGUUUUAUCUGCCCACCGGAUGUUUUACCAAUAUUUCCAAUUAUAUAUCAACUAGAAAAUUGUGCGACAGAUGAAGAACUAAGAAAAUCAUGUAAAUCUGCUUUAGCGAUAUAUGCUCAGAUAUUUACCUUACCACGUGAUAUACCAAUGUUUGGAAGCAUAGAAAAAAUGUCGAAACAUACAUCUUGGUGGACAAGAUCUGCUUGCUUAGAACUUCUUCAAGCAUGGGUAUUUUAUAAUAUGGGUACACUGUUAAGUAAUUCAACAUGGAUUAAUUGUAUCAAAGAUGUUCUACAUUUGUUGGAAGAUGAACGAGUAGAAGUUAGAAAAACUGCUGGUAAAGUCCUUAGUGGACUGUUGCAUUGUACAUUUAUACCAGAACAAGAAUGUCUGUUGAAUGAAUUUAAAAAGAACGCAAAAACUAAAUUAUGCAAAAAAGAACAUUUGGGUUCUAAUAAAGAAGGUACAAAAAAUAAUGUUAAAACUGAUGCCAUACGUAUCCGCCAUGCAGCUGUAAUAGGAAUGUGUGCAUUCAUUCAAGCUCACCCAUACGACAUACCUAAAUAUAUACCUCCAAUUUUUGAACAUCUUAGUCCUCAUAUGGCUGACCCACAACCUAUACCGAUGACAAUUAAAAAAACUCUUGACGAUUAAAGAACUCAUGAUGGAUGGAGACGUAUGAAAGAACAUACACAGCUUACAGAAGAGCAAUUAAAUGUGUUACAAGAUUUGAUGAUGCCACCCUCCCAUUAUGUUUAACAGCUUUUUACGCCGGUGAAAAUAUUUGGUAACAAUAAUAAUGAUAACAAAACUAACAAC